ACAGUGUGUUUGCUGGGAAGGGGAUAGCACAUGGGAAACUAGGAAUUACAUUGUCUACCUGCCUGUGAAGGACUUAUUUUCCUCUCUGGAAUUUCCACUAAAGAGAUCUGGGAACAACAUUCUAAAGGGAAUCCUUUCCAAAUUCUUACCUAUCAUCAAGACACACUGACAUCAUCUUUGUCACCUGAUCUGCAACAUAUUUUCCUGCCGUCAACAUCAUCACUUGUCAGUGAUAUCAACGCAUUUGACAUCAUCCAAGCAGACCAUGAGCAGCAACUACAGCGUCACUCUAUUAGGCCCCGCCCCCUGGGGCUUCAGGCUCCAGGGAGGGAAGGACUUCAGCAUGCCCCUCACCAUCUCCAGGCUGACGGAUGGUGGGAAGGCGGCUAAAGGGGGCAUUGGUAUUGGAGACAUGGUUCUGUCUAUUGAUGGCAUCGCCACGGAGGGCAUGAAUCACCUAGAGGCCCAGAACAAGAUCAAGAGCUGCAGUGGAAACCUCAGCCUCAAACUGCAGAAGGCCUUCAGUGUUUCUAAACCUCCUCCUGUGGCACCAAAGGACGAAAGAUCAGACAUCAUAAAACCAGUUGCCCUCACCCAUCCCCCUCCACCCAUUCCCUACCCGCACUCCUCCAGCCCCUCAGCCACCCACUACAACAAGGCCCCCAGACCCUUUGGGGGCUGCGGGACAGAGAGUGAAUACCCUCCUUCACAAUCCUCUUACUCACCCUUCAUCCCAUCCCCAUCCUCUGCCUUCACUCCUGCCUCCUCCUACACCAUCCCCCCUCCUCCACCUCCUGUCUCUUACCCAUCCUCUUCCUCCCCCUCCCCCCCUGGCCUUGUUGCACCCCAGCCAUCAGUGUAUAACACACCAAUCCACCUCUACUCCACUGAGAACGCAUGUGAGGUGGCCAUGGGGCAGAGGCGGGGCCUGUUGGAGAGUCAGGGCGGAGCCUUGCCUUUGGAGUUUAAUGGUGGACCUCAAAGUAUUUUAAAAGUGCCCAGGAAACAUAUCGUGGACACAGACAUCCAUUUCUAUCAUGUGCCCACUCAUGCUGAUGCCAGCAGGAAGCGCAUAACGGAGGACACAGAGGACUGGCACCCACGCUCCGGCACCACCCAGUCCAGGUCUUUCAGGAUUCUGGCUCAGAUCACCGGAACCGAGCGUGCUCAAGACGAGGAAGCUGAGGCAGCCAAGACGAAUGAGGAGGGAAAGGAGCCAGAACUCAGCAGCCAUGAGUCAGCAGUUAUCAAAACCAUGACCAAAGGACCGCCUGCAAUCCAGGGUCGAGUCCCAAAGGCUGGUUUCAUCACCCCGUCUUCUGGUAUAAAGGGUAAUGGUGGUGCCAGUGUCCCCAGGGGUCCUGUCCCAACCCGGCCUUUACCUCAGCCCCAUCCUAAAGAUGAGGACACCCUGGUCCAGAUGGCAGAACACAUCCCUGCUGGUUUUCGUACGCCCAUGUGUGCCCACUGCAAUAUGGUCAUCAGAGGGCCAUUUUUGGUAGCAUUGGGAAAGUCAUGGCAUAAGGAGGAAUUUAACUGUACCCACUGCCGUAAAUCCCUGGCAGAUAUAGGCUUUGUGGAAGAACAGGGCACUGUCUACUGUGAACAUUGCUAUGAAGACUUCCUCGCUCCAACAUGCAGCCGCUGCCAGGACAAGAUACUUGGGGAGGUGAUAAAUGCCCUCAAACAGACGUGGCAUGUCCACUGCUUUCUGUGCGCUACCUGUCAGCAGCCAAUCAGAAACAACACCUUCCACCUGGAGGAAGGAGAGCCAUACUGUGAACAAGAUUUUUACAGUAUGUUCGGUACCAGCUGCCAUGGCUGUGAGUUCCCCGUUGAGGCUGGAGACAAGUUCCUAGAGGCCCUUGGUUACACCUGGCAUGAUAACUGCUUCGUCUGCGCUGUGUGCUGCACUACUCUGGAAGGCCAGACCUUUUUCUCCAAGAAGGACAAACCUCUUUGCAAGAAACAUGCUUACACACUGAAGAUAUGAUUGUUCAGUGAUGUUGGACUUUCCUCACACAAUUUCUAGCUAUACAUUCCCCCUUGCUUAAUGGGGUGGGAAGGCCUCUUACAAGUUCAUGGGACAGUAAAAGACAAGCACUACUUACAUAGUAACAUAGCAGCCAGAAUAAGGAAAACACUACCAUGUUUGCAAAAGUGAACUUACCCUUCUAUGGGACACAGAACCAUUAUAAGUCAAAAACUACCAGACUUUCCUAUCCAUUUUCUACUAUAAGCAGCAAAGCUGGCAGUAAAGAAUCCUUGUUUUUAUCAUCUUACAUCAAAAAUAGAUAUUUUUAUCUGGAUUUUUGUUCUCACGCAUUAAAAAGUAGAGCAUUUUUUCUGCUAUUAGUGCAAUGUCUGUUUUCAACCACCAGAAAUCCUGAAAGUCAUACAUUUAAUAAUACAAAUAAUGUUUUGAUCCUGGUCUCUUUUUCUUUAUUCUUUUUUUUAUUCGUAUCUCAGAAGUAAGAACCUUUUAAUAACAUCAUAUUGAAUAUUGUAAAUCAGUGUACAAAGACGCUUGGGUAGUAACCUUUUGAUUCACACAACACUUGAAAUUAUACAGUACCAGAAAUGCGUGAAAAUAUACCAUAUAUUAAUAUCUAUUCUACGGGAACAGAGUAAGAGCAGGUUAUUGGACAAUUAUUUCAUGAGUUUAUUAUUGUUUGUUUGAAUGUUUGUGUCGCUGGAAUCAAAUGUAACAAUCUGAUCAGCAGCUAUUAAAACAAAAUACACUCCGACAAUUCUUGUAUCACUUGUUUUAAUACAGGUGAGCUGGAUGUCUGAUGUUAUGGUAAAACCUCUUGUUUUCUUAAAUAAUUUAAUGUAUUUUAUGUUCUCAUGUGUUACUUGUUAAAUGUUACCAGUUUCAAAACAAUUCAUUACCUAAAUGGCUCAUAGAUGACAUGUAGAUUCAUUACAAUAUAACAACAUAU